AGAGAUCCAACCCGGCGCACACCCUCUCUUUUGCUGCUACAACUGAUCCUUUCCACAUCGACGCUACUGUUAACGUUAUGCCUGUAAGCCAAGCGUUCACCCAGCGAUUGCCUUUCCUGCCUCGCUCCUCUCCCUAGUUGGACACUGCAUUAGUGAGAGGGUGCUGAUCAUCACAAGGAGUGAAGCGGCGGCAAAAAGAACCGGACAAAAAGAAGAAGAAAAGAAACCCGCCGGAGAGAGGAAGGGGAAACUGCGCACCACCCCUCCUCCCUCUAACCCACCUCGAUCAACCCUGCUACAACAACCCCACUCCUCCCAGCACCCGGUUCCAUCCCCCAACCCACCCCCUUCUAAAGAAAUUGACGGAUUAUUGGGAAGUGCACUGGAGGCAGGCUGCAGCUGCUGCUGUGUGAGCUCGCCACUGCUGCUGUGUGCUUCGCAAGGAUGGUGUGUGUGCAUUUUCAAUUGCUGCUGUGCCCACCACAGCUGCCGAGACUGGAGCAUGUGGCUAGUUAAGAGGGAAAAGACGUUAAUGAAGGUACUGUGCAUCGCCUAGCCUCUUCAACCCCUUCAAACACUCCUGGAGGAGGAAAGAAUAGGCAAAAAAAGGAAAAAGAAAAAUUAAAUGGACACGACACCACACUAAGACGAGAAGCAAGAAGAAAAGUAGAGAGAGAGAGAGAGAGAGAGAGAGAGAGAAAAAGGGCUGUGAGACUGACCAACCGACCGACUGAUCACGGAAAAGUGAACAGAGGAAUACAGAGAGGAGGGGGUCUGUUUUUUAAUGACUAGACUUGUCCGCCUCCCCUCCUGAUCAUUGCAAAGAGAAAAAUCUAAGAACAGUGAAAAGGAUUGUGGAAUUUCAACUCAACAUUCUUCAACCUUGUCCCCAACUACCUCCUUUUUGCUUUGGCACAAAAUACUGUGCAUGUUUGUUUGUCUGUUGCCUGUGCUAUGGAGACCUGGGUAAGGUGUCUAGCAGGGGGAUCAACUGUCAGAUUCCAAGGACAAGCAAAAGAAGAGGAGUCGACAGCAAGAGGCGAGAGAGGGAGCACUGCUGCUUUGGGAGCCUGACUGGAUUCCUAUUUUUUUUUUCCUUUUUUCUAGUCAGCAAGAAAAGGGAGAAAAAAAAACUCACUAAGGGGGUCCAAACGCUCUCUUUGGAUGUGUGGAUUUACAAAAGGGCUCUUCUUGGUUUAGCUCUUUGGUAUUGAGACCUGAGAAAAUAUAUAUAAAAAAGGCUUUCUUUGCUGCUCUUGGAUAUACAUACAUCUGAUCUGAAUGCCACAGCAUUGUGAUUGCAAAAAGGAGGGAAGCUAUAUAUCUCAGUUCAAGGACCUGUAAUAAUAACUUGAGGUAGGUGUCUAGUGUUUCAACCCCUUUGCAUAAAUUUGUAACAUCUUACCCCUUCUUCUACGUUGUAAUACGGUUUUGGUCGUUUAAUUUACCACCAUGUCCCUCAAAUAUACAUGUUUCAGACAAGCAAACCCUUCCCACCAUCCCAUCCCCUUCUGCCCAUGAGCACAGCUCAUGGAAAGUAAAGCAUUGCUUGAUCAAGAAUAGGUCAUAUUUUGUUUCUUAUUAGCAAAAACCUUAAACCAGCAUUUUGCUCUUUUCCUAUUCAGUUCCCAUCUCUUUACUCUUGAUCCCUUAACACUACUACCAGCCAACUAUCUGCUUCCCAAAUCCCCAAGGCCCCCAAAACACUAGCCCCACAACCCCCCUCCUCCCCCCAGAUGAUGCUGAAUUAUGAAUGUGCCACAUCAUGAGUCUCCUGGGGCGGGUAGCUGUGCAUCGUGCCAGGAAAGCCGCCCUGCUCUGUGUAGUCUUCCUGAUGGCGCGAGCGUGGAGCAGCGCCUCCCUGGCCUUGGCGGGGGCGGCGGUGUCUCAAGGCCCUCAGGGCUGUCCACCGCAGUGUUCCUGUAGUAAUCAGCAGGGGAAGGUGGUGUGCACCCGACGUGGCCUCACCCGUGUGCCCCCUGGUAUUCCUGCCAACACGCGGCACCUCAAUCUAAUGGAGAACGCCAUUGAGGCGGUGCAGGCUGACUCCUUUCGCCACCUGCACCACCUUGAGGUGCUUCAGCUUGGGCGAAAUGCCAUACGUCAGAUUGAGGUGGGCGCAUUUAAUGGACUCACCAGCCUCAACACACUGGAGCUGUUUGACAACCGGUUGACAGUGGUGCCCAGUGGGGCCUUUGAGUACCUGUCUAAACUAAGAGAACUGUGGCUGAGGAACAACCCAAUUGAGAGUAUACCCUCCUAUGCCUUCAAUCGGGUGCCAUCACUCAUGCGGCUGGACCUGGGAGAACUAAGGAAACUGGAGUACAUCUCAGAAGGAGCUUUUGAGGGUCUACAAAACCUCAAGUACCUCAACCUGGGCAUGUGCAACAUAAGAGGUGAUAUGCCAAACCUGAGUCCCCUCAAGGGCCUUGAGGAACUGGAGAUAUCGGAAAAUCAUUUCCCAGUGAUAAAGCCUGGCUCUUUUAAAGGCCUGCGUUCACUCAAAAAGCUAUGGGUGAUGAACUCACAAAUCACAGUGAUAGAGAGAAAUGCUUUCGAUGACCUAUCUUCAUUGGUGGAGCUAAAUCUUGCCCAUAAUAAUCUGAGUGCUGUGCCACAUGACCUGUUCUCCCCGCUCAGGUACCUGGUGGAGCUCCAUCUUCACCAUAACCCGUGGACCUGUGGCUGUGAGGCUGUAUGGUUAGCACGCUGGCUAAGGGAAUACAUCCCUACAAACUCAACUUGCUGUGGACGCUGUCACUCACCUGCCAUCAUGAGGGGACGACAGCUGGUUGAGGUGGAUCGAGGAGAGGGUGCAGCAGUCCAGUGUUCUGCACCAUUCAUUGCUGAUGCUCCAAAGGACUUGAACAUCUCAGCAGGGCGAGUGGCUGAGCUUCGUUGCCGCACAGCCAUGAUGUCUUCAGUGCGUUGGCUAUUGCCAAAUGGGACUAUACUGACACAUGCCUCUAGCAAUCCGAGAAUAUCAGUCCUCAAUGAUGGUACUCUAAAUUUCUCCAAUGUCCUUGCAGCAGACACAGGCACUUACACCUGCAUGGUUUCCAAUGCAGCUGGGAACUCCAACGCCUCAGCCUACCUCAAUGUGAGUGCAGCUGAGCUUAAUACAUCCAACCUGAGCUACUUUACCACAGUGACAGUGGAGGUCUUGGGACCAACGACUGAGAUGCCCAAACCUAAGACAACCACCAUGGGCACAGCUGCUGCUGCAGGAGCUGGGGUAGCUGGAGGAGGAGCAGGCCAAGGAACAACAACUACAACUGCGUCUCCUUCUGUUUUUCAGCCAGUCUUCAUCUCGACUCCAACUGUACUGUUGCAAAGCACCGACAGUCCACCAAGUGCAGCUAAGCCAUCUGUAGUUCCAGGACUUCAAGGUUCUACUGGCAAGCCAGGGAAGUCUGGGCCUAGCCUAGAUGAGGUGAUGAAGACUACCAAGAUCAUUAUAGGUUGCUUUGUGGCAGUGACGCUGUUGGCUGCUGUCAUGCUAAUUGCCUUCUACAAACUGAGAAAGCGCCACCAGCAGAGGAGCACAGUGGCAGCCGCCCGCACUGUGGAAAUUAUCCAGGUGGAUGAGGAGGACCUUCCACCACCAGCAUCUGCAUCUCAAGAGACAGCUCUCACAUUGCCUGAAAUCCGGGACCAUAACAGCAUACACAAAUUGGACUACAGCCACAAGACUGACUACAGCUUUCACAAGCCCAAGGCCGAAUACAAACCCCAGCCUGAUUUCACCCUUCACAAGCCCAAGGCUGAGUACACCACCUAUAAGCCAAAUAUGGACUUUAGCGGCCACAAAUCCAUGCCAGACUACAGUGCUCACAAAUCAACACCAGAUUUCAGUCUUCACAGAUCAAAGCCUGACUACAGCCCAUUCAGUCAGGAUUACAACAUUCCCAAACCUAAAGGAGAGUACAGCCCAUUCAAACCAGACUUCGGCACCCACCCAAAAGCUAAAACGGACUACAGCCCCUUCAAACCAGAUUUCAGCACUCACCCCAGGCAGAAACCCGACUUCAGUCCAUUCAAAAGAGAUUACAGCACCCAACCAAAAGCCAAACAUGACUACAGCCCACUGAAAUCGGACUACAGCACACAGAAUAAACCUAAGGCUGAAUACAGUCCAUUCACGCUCGACUUUGGCACUCACCCAAGACCUAAGCCUGAUUACAGCCCAUUUAAGACUGACUACAGCACUCAACCCAAACCCAAAACAGAUUACAAUGGCCAGAGGUCGAAAACCGACCUUACCUACAAACACAAGGACCCUUACACCCCUCAUAAGACUGCAACGGAUUACAGCGCCUUCAAGACCGACUUCAGCCCUCACAAAGCAGAUUACAGCGCCUUCAAGUCUGACUUUAGUCCACACACUCAGAGACCUAAACUUGAUUACAGUCCACACAAAAUGGAGUACAGCCCCCAUAAGAUGGACUACAGCACUCUAAAGCCUAAAUAUAAUACCUACAAACCAACUGGCCAUGGGGCUAAAUGGACAGACAACAAUGUUGGGAACUCUUUGCCUCGAACCUUGCCCAGUACCAUCACAACAAUGGCUGAGCCCUUUGUCAUAAAAACUCACACCAAGGAGAAAGUACAGGAGACUCAGAUUUGAAAGGCCCCCUAAUUGGCUCCCACUCCAUUACCUAUGUCCCCAAGGCCCCUCCCACCCGUGCCACCCCCUUGUCCUUUGCCCAUAAAAUCAUGCAAUAGAAUGCACAAAAAAGGACAGGAUCUACUUUUUUUUGUACAGAGUGAAAACUUAAAAAGACUGGUGAUUUCUUGUUGUACAUGCUUAUAAAUAUAUAUAAAUAUAUAUAUAUAUGGACAAAUUGAAAACUACCAUGGGCUGGUGAUAGAGAAACAUAUAUUAAAAAGAAAAAGAAACUAUUUUCUAACCUGUAACUUCUAUUUAAAACAAUGAGUUGUUUAAGAUGCUGUCUUGACUUUGACAAAUGAGGGUAGUGUUGUUUUAAAAAAAGGGGCAUUCUGUGUGAUUUUUACACCAUGCUACAGAGAAUGCAGUAAGGGGAAAAUAUUUAUACAGAGAAGACUUUCUUUAUCAAAAACCGAAAAAAGGUCAGUGUCGAUCUUUACAGGUUUAUCUUGUAAAAGCACCAAGAAUUUGUACUGUGCCAAAUGUUAUAAAUGCAAUAAAAUGGAUUUUUGGAA